GCCCAUGCAUAGAGGCCCACAUAUUGCACAGGGGAAACUCAUCAUAUGGAAGCUGAAAUAUUUGAAAUGAUUGAAUUUGACAACCAAACAUACCUCCUAGAUUAGCACCAACUAGGGGAAUUUUAAUGACAUUGGGGUCACUUGAUCAAAGUUUUGAAACCCAAAAAAAAAAAAAAAAAAACGUUAGGAACCCUUUUUUUUUUUGGUUAUUUUACAUGAUAUUAUAUAGAAUGAUUGCAUUUGAAGCAAUCUUACUAAAUUUCAUAGAUUUCAACACUAACUUCUUGACUUUCUCAUAAAAGUGGUAUCCUAGCUCCCAAGAGGAGCUUAUCUUUUGGAUGUGGUGAUUAUCUUUUGGUUCAAGACAAUCACAUGAUUUAAGGAAAAUGCCAGCAUAAAUCCAGAACCAAUCAGAUCUCCAAUGGCUAAGAAGAAGGGUUGGUUCACACUGGUGAAGAGAUUCUUCUUUUCAGAUUCACAGUCAAAAGAAGAAAAGAAGGAAAAGAGAAGGAAAUGGGCGUUUGCAAGACUUAGAAUCAAAAGAUUACCCUCAAUAACCGCCCCACCACAAGUUGUAGAAAACAGAGCACCUAGUGAAGAGGCAGAGGAAAAACAGAGCAACCACGCUCUAACCGUGGCCAUUGCCUCUGCUGCCGCUGCCGAGGCUGCUGUUGCGGCUGCACAUGCUGCUGCUGAGGUUGUUCGUCUCACCGCCACCCCUCGGUCCACGCACACCGUCACUGAAGAUGCAGAGAAGCCAUUCCCCGAUGAAACUCUUACCGAGAAAGAAAAUCACUCGGCGCAUACAAAAUGUGAGAGGGAAAUCCAAGAAUCUGCUGCUGUUAAGAUUCAGACCUCCUUCCGGGGUUACCUUGCAAGGAAAGCUUUGCGGGCACUGAAGGGAAUAGUGACACUUCAAGCAAUUAUCCGCGGCCGAGCUGUGAGACGCCAAGCUGUUACCACUCUCAAGAGGCUUCAGUCCAUAAUUAACAUCCAGUCACAAGUCUGUGCUAACAGAUUACAAACAACUGAAGGCGCUUAUAAUUGUGAUGGUAACAACCAGUUAGAGAAUUUGAGAGACAAAAUACUAAGGAUGGAUUCUUUCAAUCAGAGAAGAUGGGAUGAUAGCCUUCUAUCAAAGGAGGAGGCAGAUGCCAUGUUCUUGAGCAAGAAAGAGGCCGCGAUUAAGCGAGAACGGAUAAAGGAGUACUGGCAUAGCCACCGGAAGUCAGCAGAAUCAGAAAGAAACAAAGUAAAUGGAAGAUGGAGAUACUGGUUGGAGCAAUGGGUGGACACCCAACUCAACAAAAGUAAAGAGCUAGAAGAUUUGGACACAGUUUUGGGGUCAAACACAAGAAACAAAGACGAAUUCGGAGUGAAAAAACUAGGGCUUAGGAAUGUCCAAACUCAGCAUCAGAACGAAGGAUUCAUGGACUCCCCAACAUUUGUGCCAAGAAAAUCAUAUCAUAGAAGGCAAUGCUCAUUGGGAGACGAGAACUCCUACACAAGCUCGCCUUUAGUCCCGACUUACAUGGCGGCGACGGAAUCUGCCAGGGCAAGAGCAAGGUCCAUUAGCUCACCAAAGCUGAGGCCAGAGAGCCUAGAAGGAUUUUCACCAAUCAAGAACAAGCUCUCACUUGUGUCUUCAAUCACUAGUGAACUUCCUAUUAGUAGUACUACUAUGGGAAGGCCUAGUGACUAUUUACACCAAAGAUCUCCAAGCAUGAAGGGGGUUAGAGGGCCUGUGAAAUCAAGCAGGAAGACCAAAGACUCAACCUUCGAUUCAGAAUAUUCAUUGUCAAAUUGGGAUAGACAAACCAUCUUUAGAUGAUAUCAUGAUCGCGAUGAUGAUGAUGAUGAUGAUGAUGAUGAUUAAUGUGAUGAUGAUUCUACU